AUAUAUGUAUCCAAGCCAAAAGCCAGUGCAUGUGUACGCAUGCAUGCAUGCUGCAAUAUGGGCUGCAGCAGGUCAGGAUUAAUGAUACUGUCAUUAUUAUUAUUAGGCUGCGCCGUGGCUGAUGCUGCCAUCGUGGAGCACACAUUCCAUGUGGGCAACCUGACGGUGGAGCGGCUUGGGCAGCGGCAGGUGAUCACGGCGGUGAACGGGCAGUUCCCCGGUCCCAAGGUGGAAGCGCGCGACGGCGACACCAUCGUCGUCCGCGUCGUCAACAAGUCGCCCUACAACAUCACCAUCCACUGGCACGGCGUCCUGCAACGCCUCUCCGCCUGGGCCGACGGCCCCGCCAUGGUCACCCAGUGCCCCAUCCUCCCCGGCGCCGCCUCCUACACCUACCGCUUCAACGUCACCGGCCAGGUGGGCACCCUCUGGUGGCACGCCCAUGUCUCCUUCCUCCGCGCCACCGUCUACGGCGCCCUCCUCAUCCGCCCCCGCCCCUCCUCCCGCUACCCUUUCCCCACGCCCCACGCCGAGCACACCCUCCUCCUAGGCGAGUGGUGGAACACCUCCACCGGCGGCCUCGUCGACGUCGAGAGGCAGGCCUUCCUCACCGGCGGCCAGCCCGCCAACUCCGCCGCGCUCACCAUCAACGGCAUGCCCGGCCUCCACGCGCACCAGAUGCACCACCUGCACGUCGCGCGUGGCAACACCUACCUGCUCCGCCUCGUCAACGCUGCCCUCAACUACCAGCUCUUCUUCAAGGUGGCCGCCCACGCCUUCACGGUCGUCGCCGUCGACGCCUGCUACACCGACCCCUACCACACGGACGUCAUCGUCAUCGCGCCCGGCCAGACGGUGGACGCCCUCAUGCACGCAGGCGCCGCGCCCGGCGGCCGCUACUACGUGGCCGCACAGGUGUACCAGAGCAUCGCCAACGCCACAUACAGCGCCACCGCCAGGGCGCUCCUCCUCUACGACUACGAGGAGGAGGAGGAUCAGCAGCAUCAGGAGAUCAUGAUGCCGACCAUGCCGGCGCUCAACGACAGCGCAACAGCGCAGCGCUUCUACGGCCGCCUGACGGGGCUUCUGCGGGACGGCAAGCCGACGGUGCCGCAGCGGGUGGACACGCGGAUGCUGGUGACGUACGGCCUGGCCAUCGCACCAUGCGCGCCAGCGCAGACGCUGUGCAACCGGACGCGGGGCUCGCUGGCGGCCAGCAUGAACAACGUGUCGUUCCAGCUGCCGGCGUCCAUGUCGCUGCUGGAAGCGGCGCGCGCGGGCCGAUCGGCUGCCGGCGUGUACACGCGCGACUUCCCUGACCGGCCGCCGGUCAUGUUCGACUUCACGAACGCGUCGGUGGCCAACGGCAACACAUCGCUGAUGUUCACGUCGAGGGGCACGAGGGUGAAGGCGCUGCGGUUUAACGAGACGGUGGAGGUGGUGCUGCAGAACACGGCGGUGCUGGGGCCGGAGAACCACCCUCUGCACCUCCACGGCUUCAACUUCUACGUGGUCGCGCAGGGGACGGGCAACUUCCACCGGCGUAGGGCUGGCCGCGCCUACAACCUCAUCAACCCGCAGCAGCGCAACACCAUCGCCGUCGCCGCCGGCGGCUGGGCGGUCAUCCGGUUCACGGCCGACAACCCCGGCGUGUGGCUGAUGCACUGCCACCUGGACGCACACCUGCCCUUCGGCUUGGCCAUGGCCUUCCAGGUGGACGACGGCCCCACCCCCGACGCCAGUCUGCCCCCGCCGCCGCCGGACUAUCCCCCAUGCUAA